GAGCUGAGAUUCCUGCACAGUGAACGAAGAAGAAGAAGAAGAUGAUGAGAGUAUAAAAAGGAGCGAGCGCGCUUUGCUCGGAGAAGAGAAGCUCGUUCGAGGCGCUCAUGGAGUCGCAACUUCUUCUUCUGCUGCUGCUCUCCCUCUCCGGCUUCGCUCUCGCGGAGAUCUUCUUCGAAGAGCGUUUCGAAGAUGGGUGGAAAGAUCGCUGGGUGUUGUCUGACUGGAAGCGGGCUGAAGGGAAGGCAGGUACGUUUAAGUAUACAGCUGGGAAAUGGUCCGGAGAUCCUGAUGAUAAAGGUAUCCAGACUUAUAAUGAUGCAAAGCAUUAUGCAAUAUCGGCAAAGAUACCCGAAUUCAGCAACAAAGAUCGGACUCUAGUCGUCCAAUAUUCAAUUAGGCUUGAACAGGACAUUGAAUGCGGGGGUGGUUACAUCAAGCUUCUAUCUGGUUAUGUCAAUCAGAAGAAAUUUGGUGGCGAUACUCCAUAUAGUUUUAUGUUUGGGCCAGAUAUAUGUGGCACACAGACGAAGAAGAUUCAUCUAAUACUUUCCUACCAAGGGCAGACUUAUCCAAUCAAAAAGGACCUGCAAUGUGAGACUGACAAGUUGACUCAUUUCUACACAUUUAUACUUAGGCCAGAUGCUUCAUACAGUCUAUUGGUUGAUAAUCGCGAGAGAGAAACAGGAAGUUUGUAUACAGAUUGGGAUAUCCUUCCCCCGCCGAAAAUUAAGGAUGUGAAAGCGAAAAAGCCGGCAGACUGGGAUGAAAGGGAAUACAUCGAUGACCCUAAUGGUGUCAAACCAGAGGGAUACGAUUCAAUUCCUAAGGAGAUUCCAGAUCCAAAAGUUAAAAAGCCCGUUGACUGGGAUGAGGAAGAUGAUGGCAUAUGGAGGCCACCUAAAAUCCCAAAUCCUGCAUAUAAAGGACCAUGGAAAAGAAAGAAAGUCAAAAAUCCUAACUACAAGGGUAAAUGGAAGACUCCUUGGAUAGAUAACCCAGAGUUUGAAGAUGAUCCCGACCUUUAUGUAAUGAGGCCAAUCAAGUAUGUGGGAAUAGAAGUUUGGCAGGUGAAGGCUGGUUCUGUUUAUGAUAAUAUAUUGGUCUGCGAUGACCCACAGUAUGCAAAGCAAGUUGUAGAAGAUCAUUUUGAAAGGAACAGAGAGGCUGAGAAGGAUGCCUUUGAGGAAGCUGAGAAAGUGAGGAGAGCUCGGGAAGAAGAGGAAGGUGAAAAGAAGAAGAAAGGAAGGGAUAGACGUGGGAGGCACUCUAGACGGCAUGACCCACAUGAUUAUCUGGAUGAUUACCAUGACGAGCUGUGACGACGUGCAGGCUUCCUCAAUUCUUUAUGCACUUCUAAAAGAGAUGAGAGAUCUUUUCGUGCUGAAACAGCUUAUGGGUAUAUAUCCAGUCCUUGAUGUGAGAAGCUACAACAAACGAGAAGGUUAAUUUACCUGUUCUCUGUUUGUGCUAUAGAUUACGUUUGAGGAGGACAAUUGCUUACAUUUUCAAGUAUGGAUCCUUAAAAGAAAUCCUGUCAUAGUUUCGGCUUAAAUAUGAAGGUCGUUAGAGCCUUGUACUA